AUGGACAUCAAUUCUCCAACACCGUCUGUCAGUACGCAGCGAUCAUCCUCGCAUCACUCCAGCCUUGACCUUCAAGCGAGUACUCCUGGUACCUCCCCUGGAUCGCAUGGCACACAUGCAACGUGGUCGAGGUCGCGCGGCAAUACACAACGUUCAACCGAUACCAUCGCGUUUGUAGGCGACCUGCGCAACUACUUGGCCCUUGGUUGUAUAGUCAUAUACGCAUCUGGCUCGUGCGAUCGAGGGGACGCCACGGAGGAGUGGCAAGAGCUUGACGAUCUCUCUUUCCCUGCUCUUGGUGCAUUUCUGGCGCCCGAAUAUGUCAGGUUGAUGGAGGCUCAUUGGCUCCGGGUCCAACUAAGAUGCUCUGAUGACGAUGUGGAUGUACUGAUAUUGCGCUUGUACGUGCUCCCGUACGAUGCUGGACAUCGCUUCGUGGAUCGGCGCGACAGCAAACUAUGGGCAGCACUCCAAAGUAUACUGCCCGAAGUUGAUGUCAGUCCUGAGACCUGGCAUGGCAAAGGUGGCCGCAGUGGUCAGCACAAGUUCGACCCGUGGGCCACGAGAGACGAAGGUUCACUGUUUUACAUGUUCAACAAGCUGUCAUCGCCAGACCCGUCGAGCGAUGCCGUCACUGAGCAUUACGCCAAAGAGGCGCUCGAAGACCUUCUGGAUCCUGCCUCAAUCUUGCCUGGCCUCAAGACUGUGUUGUAUCCGUACCAACGACGAUCAGCAGGGCUGAUGCUGCAACGUGAAGCCGCACCACGACUCGAUCUUGAUCCUCGCCUGGAGCAGCGCGUCGCUCCUGAUGGCUCCACCUAUUACUAUGGUGCCAAAGAGCCACUAUUUCUGCGGCAACCACGAUACUUCGAGACAUGCAAAGGCGGCAUACUUGCAGAGACGAUGGGUCUUGGCAAGACGGUCAUACUCCUGGCUCUGACACUGGCGACGAAAGAUCAUUUGCCAAGGAUUCCGCCUGCGUACGCCAACACUCCUGUCCGGCGAAAAGUCGGCUCGUUGUCAGAUAUGGCAGUAUCGAACAUUAACAGGAAGUCUAUCCCAUGGAAAGUUGAGUUCGCACGAAUCAAGCAUGCCGAUGGCAACGAGAUGAGUAGUUGCAUUGCCAAGCUCGAGCGCUCACCACCAAUGUAUGAGAUACCGCAAGAGCCGCAGCGAUGGAACAGGAAGACUAUCUUACCUCCGCCAAAGAAGAUCACGCUAGCUGCCACCACAAUCAUCGUCGUACCGCGUAAUCUGUGCAAGCAAUGGCAGUCUGAAUUGCAGAAGCACAUAGGUGAGAACGCUUUGAAGGUAUUGGUGAUGGAGGAUCUCAAGCGUGCUUUGCCACUACCUGAAGAGCUCCGAACCUACGAUGUGGUACUCUUCAGUCGCAACAGAUUCGAGCUAGAAAUCAGGGACGGCUCCGACGAGCAGGGUCGGCGCAUCCUCGCUACACAGCUUGUAUGUCGUUGCCCAUACAUCGGUGCGACGCGCACUCGAGACUGCCACUGCAUUCGGAACGACGACUUAUACGACUCGCCGCUCAAGCACUUGCACUUCAAACGCUUAGUUAUCGACGAAGGACAUUUCUUCUCCAAUAACAACAAUACUGCGGUCACUGUGGCUAACAAGCUCGUGAUAGCUGAUCAUCGCUGGGUAGUCAGUGGUACACCUGCUAAAGAUCUACUCGGUGUCGAAGUAGACAUAUCUUCAACCGAGAUGUGGUCAGGAGACAAAGAUUGUCGCGAAGCCCUGCUUGAGCAGAGAAGCACUUUCAACCACAAGGAAGACACUGCAGGUGCGAUCAAGAGUCUUGGCGCACUCGCCUCCAGCUUUCUCAAGAUUAGACCAUGGUAUGCGCUGAGUAUUGGCGAGCGCAAGGAAGCAGAGUGGGAUGAUUAUAUCUAUCGUCACGAAGAUGCUCGCAGAAGAACGUACUGUGGGUUCUCGACUUGUUUAAGACGAACACUCGAGGCUAUGGUCGUCAAGACUCAGCCCGAAGAUGUGGAGAGAGAUAUAGAGCUUCCACCGCUCCGCCACGAGAUCAUUCGUCUGGAGCCAUCGUUCUACGAUAAGCUUACGGUGAAUCUUUUCACCUUGGUCCUGACGGCCAAUGCUAUCACGUCCGAGCGCACAGAUGAAGACUAUCUCUUCCACAAAAAGAGUGCUAAGCCUCGAUAUCAGCUCAUCUCAAAUCUACGACAGAGCGCAUUUUUCUGGUCUGGCUUUAGCGAAGCGGACGUUCGAGCAAGUUUGGAAAACAGCGAACGCUAUCUAGCGAAGGAAGGGACAAGUUGUAAGGAUGCAGAUCGUCAACUGCUGACCACCAUGCUGGAGAGUGCUAGACUUGUUCUUUCCUCGAAGGGCUGGAAGUCCAUGAGUCGAUCACAUGAGCUGGGCUUAUUCGUCAACGGCUGGCCUUUGAAUAGUGCCGAUCACUGGAAGUUCGACAAGCCCAUUUCGCCAUUGCUGACAGGUAUCUCGCAAUUGCUUGGGGCACAAAAGCAUGUCAAUGAACGAGCUGGGCUACAAGAUCCUGGCGAAGGUCUCGGUGGUGUUGGAAUCAAAGUUUGUGCACCUGCAAAGCAUGGCUCAAUCAAGAUGGAAGAUGAGACGAUGAGUAAAGCUGUUAAGCCAUUGCUUACAAAGGCUGGUAUACCUACAUCGAGUCUUGAUGGUGAGCCAGUGCUCAAGAGGCGCAUAUCUGGUAGUAAAAUUUCGCCGAAGAAGUCUCAACGAGCUUUCAAGGUCACCAAGCCGCAGUAUGGGAAGAAACCGAAGCGUACGAUGUCAUUACCCGCCAAUUUCGACGUCGCUACAAUCGACGACUCAUUAGCUGGAGCCUCAUCUAGCAGCAAAGCGGAGACCCCGAAGCGCAAACGUCGUCGCUCCGAACUCGAGGAAAUACAGUUUGCCUCAGACUCUCCAUAUCUUCAAAGCAGCAUCGUUGGGACAACCUCCGCCAAGCUAAGCUAUCUCAUUUCCCAGAUUUCAAAGUAUCACGAAAACGAGAAGAUCUUGGUAUUCUACGAGGGAGACAACAUAGCCUACUACAUCGCCCAAGCCCUCGAACUCUUGCAUAUCAAGCACGAGAUCUACGCCAAGUCUUUGGCCGCUUCUCUGAAGUCUGAAUAUGUCGUUCGCUUCGACCAGGAGCAGCAAGAUCGAGUCCUACUCAUGGAUGUCAAGCAAGCCGCCUUCGGCCUCAACUUGAGCUCCGCAAGUAGGAUAUACUUUGUGAACCCAGUCUGUCGGCCGGGGAUUGAGGCACAGGCGAUAAAGCGUGCACAUCGCAUUGGACAGACGAGAAAAGUUGUUGUGGAGACAUUGGUUCUCAAGGGUACGAUUGAGGAGAAGAUGCUUGAACGCUCGAGAAGCAUGACGAGAAGCGAGCACUUGGACGCGAAGGUGCUGGAAGACGAUGGUGGGAUGCGAGCGAUCAUUCAGAGUGCAGAGCUGUUAGAUAUUCAGCCGCAUGAGAAGGAAGGAUAUGGGCAGAUGGCUUCGCUUGAAGUACCACACCAGCUCUGGGGUAGAGACAGCUGGAAAGAGACUGUGGCCAAUACAUUCGUAUCUGUACGAGCUGAUGCAAAGCAAGAUGAUUCCCAGCAAGUCAAGAACAAUAUGGCUGAGAAGGGGAAAAAGAAGCAGCGCGUGAUACAAGACUACACAAAGCUGAAGAAAGUGUGGAAAGAGACGGAGAAAGAAAUAGUGCGGAGGAGGAUCACUUUUCAGGAUAUCACACAGGCUGAUGAGGAGGCGAGACUUAUAGACGAUGACGCUGAUGACGCUGGUCCUAGCAGCGCGAAGAAGAGGAGAGUAUUGGCUUUCGUGGACUGCACGGGUCAAGAUCCGGAAGGUCGCUAUGUCGAGAGUAGUGAUGAGGAGCCUUUGGCUGAUCUGCGAAAUCGAAGGCUGUCCUUGGUCAUGGCAACGAAUGGUAAUGGACAUGGGCUGAGGCUCGAUACGAAGUUUUGUACGCAUAACGCGAGCUUCGCGGCCACUGCUCCGGACUUCUCGCCACUCAUCAGUCCCACAGUGGGGCCUGUGGCAUUGGCGACAACAUGCGAUUUAGGACGGCAGAGGAUGUCCAUUGAGACCCUUCUCAACGACGGCGAUGCUGGACCGAGCUCGAGCAAAGUGUCGACUGAGGAGAGGCGGCGAAGUAUUCUGCUGCAGGACAUAUUGCACUGUCUGUAA